AUGUCGAACCAGUAUGCGCAGGGAACACUGAUAUGGGUGAAACACGAGGAAGAAGUCUGGAUACAGGCUGAAAUUGUCACAUCGAGCGAAAAGGAGAUCAUCGUCAAGACAGCCGAAGAUCCAAAUGGUCGACUGGUCCUGGGACCAAACGAACCGAUUUUCCUGAGGACGUCCGAUGUUUUCACAUCGGAGGGCUUGUCUGUGCUAGAUGAUUUGACGCAGUUGACGCACUUACACGAGCCGGCUGUGCUCAGCUCGCUACAGAAUCGUUUCGAUAUAGACAAGAUCUACACAUUUACCGGACCUAUCCUCAUCGCAUUGAACCCUUUCAAGCAUAUUCCUGGCUUGUAUGAUGAAGAGAUUCUGAAGAACUUCAUCACGACAAAGCCAUCUACAAAGCCGCAUGUGUUCAGCACAUCAAACGCCUCAUAUCGCGGGAUUUGUGAUCGUCACAAGUCCCAGACCGUUCUCAUCAGUGGGGAAUCGGGUGCAGGCAAGACGGAAACGACAAAGCAAGCGUUUGUGAUGAAGUUUCUAGCCCUUGCGGGAUCUGCCGACGGUCAGGUUACUGACGUGGAAAAGCAGGUGUUGGAGUCGAAUCCUCUGCUGGAAGCUUUCGGGAAUGUGCAGCCCUUGGAUCACUUGGAUCACCAU